CGUUAAUCGCUUCCCACGAACUUGUACCAGUGUCUUUGGAAGUUUCAUCUCAGGGCCACACAUAGCACAUUGCAUAGACCAAUGCCACCGUAAUCAUGUCUCCCAACGGGGGACUUCGGCAGAGAGAGGAGAGGCAAUGGCUUGCAAGACCGAUUGAUGGCGUUGCUUUGUCUCGGAUGGUGUUGGGCAGGGAAAUUUCGAUUUCAUUUCACAGCUUCAUGUCAUGGUAUUUGGGCUCUUCUUUUUCAGCCGCGAUGCCACGCAUGUCCGGUGCGCGCUGUUCUUUACAGCACCAGUCGAUGGCUAUGAUGCUGCAGGGUGUCCGCAAUCGACUAUUGAGGAUAUAGGUCGUGUCUGACGACUAGGUGUAACGGUCGGCAACUUGCAGUGCACCUGCAGAUGAGGCAUGUCAAUGUUUCGGGCGCAAGCAACGGCAGCGCAGCACUAUGAGCGGAUAGUAGAAUAGCCAUCAUGUUCUUCUAGUGGUGAGG